AUGUUCGAAGAGGUCCAAACCUAUUAUCCAGACUUUGUGUUCCUGUGGGCCGAGACGGGAGAAAAGCGGUCAGAUGGAGGCGGUCAGGAGGAAGGAGCCGUAACCCAAAUCUGCCAGCGUCCCGUUCCACAUGAGCGCGAUAGAAAUAGCACCGUUCUAGUCCGUCUCCUUCUCAGGCCGAGUGCUAUAUUUUUAAUCGGGAUUUGCGUGUGUCUCCUAACAGUGGACACGGAAGGCAGGAAGCUGAAAGGCGGCAUCCAGAGGAGCACGGAGACGGGUCUGGCCGUGGAGAUGCCCAGCCGGACGGUCCGGCAGGCCAGCCACGAUCUGAACUACAGCGGCAUGUGUCUGGCAUCGGACGCUCAGUUCAGCGACUUCCUGGACGGGAUGGGACCGGCUCAGUUCGUCGGCCGGCAGACGCUGGCCACAACCUCCAUGGGGGAUGUAGAGAUCGGUUUGAUGGAGAGAAACGGAGCGCUGGAGGUGGAGGUGGUCCAGGCCAGAGGACUCACAAUGAAACCCGGUUCAAAAGGACCUCCAGCGGCGUACAUCAAAGUCUAUCUCCUGGAGAACGGGAUCUGCGUGGCCAAGAAGAAGACCAAGACGGUGAGAAAGUGUCUGGAUCCACUCUACAACCAGGUCCUGGUCUUCUCCGAGAGCCCUCAGGGGAAAGUCGUGCAGGUGAUCGUUUGGGGAAACUACGGCCGGAUGGACCGGAAAUGCUUCAUGGGCGUGGCCCGAAUCCUGUUGGAGGAGCUGGACCUCAGCUCGAUGGUGAUUGGCUGGUACAAGCUGUUCCCCACCUCCUCCAUGGUGGACCCCGCCAUGGCGCCGCUCAUCCGCCAUUCCUCCCAGAUGUCCCUGGAGAGCACCAUCGGGCCGUGCUGCGAGAGGUCCUAAGACUAGGGCCUAUCUGGACUAGACUUAGGGCGGGACUGGACCCGCUCAGAUUUAACUGCUGGAUCUUUGGAGAACUUCCUUCUUUGUGCGUCAAUAAUCUCUCUCAAGGGGCUCGUUUACAGGUCCGAUCACACCAGGGUCCAAUCACAUUCCCGGUUUGGAGACUACUGUACUGUACAUAGCAUUCGUUUGAAAUGUAAGAUAAUUUCUUUUGAUUUUCUACAGAAUCUUUUCCCCAAAAAAGCUCACAGGAGGCGAGUUUCUUUUGCCGUCCCUCGGACUCGCGGGGAGAAUUUUACAGACCUCAGAUCUCUUUGACGGAGUAAACUAAAAACCUACGUAAUGAGGAGGCUUCAAAGCUAGCGGGCCGAUGGAUUUCUGCAGGGAACUCGAUCCGGUUCGGCUUCAGAUUCCCGCCUUCCCCCCAACGCUUAGGGGGCCCAGGCCAGACCCUGAGGAACCCCGUCUCCUCUGGUUUGUGGAGGCUUUCGGUCAGAACCGAGGAGGACUUUGUUGUAUCGUACACAAACAAAACUUUGAGACGUGUUUCCUCUUUUGUGUUGGUCACUCUUGUUCCGUUGUGACUAGACCUGUUCGCUGACGUUCAGGUUCGUUUUCGAAGUAAACUAAAGCCCAUUUUCAGCAUUUUUGAUCUGAACUCGAGAAUCCAGAGCCCGUGAGUGGAUCUAAUCUUCAAGCUGUACAGUAGCAUGUUCUUAGUCCAUAAAUAGAGAUAAAACAUCACAGCCCAGGAGCCUGCAUGAGCUCCCGGUCACGUGAUGAGGAUUCUUUUUCGAUCAAACGACAAUAUGCAUCCUUAUUAGUGACUUUAUGUGAUCUGAGACCUCGUUUAAGCUCGUCUCACUCAUAAGUGCAUCGGUUAACUAGAUAUAACACACCAUGAGGUUUCAUUUAAACCCAGACGCAUCAGGAAAAGGCUGUAAAUACCUGGCGGGGCCUCCUGAGAGAUUCUGUGUGUAAAAUAGAGCUAUCAUGUGAUCCGGAAUACUUCCUGGUUCAUAAAAUAAGAAAAAUGGUGGACAGCGGACUGAACUAAAUUGGAUUUAAAUGCAGUGUUUUUUUUUAAAUUUUUU